AUAUAUUUUUUAAUAAGGAAAUCACAUAAAAACACAUGCAGGCCGGAGGAGUUGCAGCAGGCCGGAGUAGAGAAUGUUGCAGCAGGCCGGAGGAUGUUGCAGCAGGCCGGGGGACUUGCAGCAGGCCGGAGGAGUUGCAGCAGGCCGGAGGAGUUGCAGCAGGCCGGAGGAGUUACAGCAGGCCGGAGGAAUUGCAGCUUGCAGCAGGCCAAGGGAAUUGCAGAAGGCUACGCGAGGAGAAGGAAGGCAUGCGGGCGGAGAAAUAUUGCAGAAUUUAUUGAGAAGGGGUUGGGGUAUAUAAAUAACUUUCAGCAAC